CUGGCUCUGAACUUGAACUCCUCCUGCCUCCGCCUCCGAAGCCCCUGGACGGCGGGUGUGCGCCACCGUCCCGGCUGAUUUGGACACUUCCGAGGUGUCCUGCGGCGGUGGCGGCUGCGCUGGCCUGGAGCCUCGGCUCCCCGUUGCUACUUAAGGCCCGGUAACCCACCUCCCGGGUGGGAAGCCGGCACGGGUCCCCCGUGCGGACCGGCCCCGAACCAGGGCGGGCCGCGCUCCGAGCCGCCUCUGCUCCCAGGGAGCGCGCCCGAGGCGGAGCGGGGCUCCUGUCCCUGGCCAUCUGCCGGGUCCUUCCCGCGGAACCGCCGCGGACGCAGCCCCACUGAGGGUUCAAAUUCUGGCGCUGUGGCCACUUUAUUUCACCCAGCCUGUUUACUUUUCUAUAAAAUGAAGAAUACUCCUCGUUGCGGGAGUCAGAGUAAACGGAGGGCGUGACCUGGCGGUCCGACGCCGCACCUCAGGCCGGAAGUCGCCCUCCCGCCUUCCGUAGGGAGGGCGGGGCCGCCGCAUCCAUUGCUCGGCGCUCCUAGGCAGUCGGUCGUGAUUAGAGGAGCAGUGAGCGAUCGAUAGUCCGUGUGCCGGCCUGACCACCGGGAGAGGGCCGCAGUGUCCGGACCGAGGAGGACAAGACAUCGUUCACCUGCGAGAGGGGCGCUGAUCUGACCCCGCUGGAUGGCCCAGAUGACAGAAGGCACCCAGAGUCACGGAGGCCCCGGGGUGCCAGCUGGUGCGCUCUGGGAAGCCCUCAGGGCUCUGCUGCCGGGCACCCGGGAGGAGCUGAGGCUGGAGCUCGGGGACACGGUGGACAGGAGCGUGGUGCUGCUGCUGCGGCAGGCCACCGAGCACUUCUACGGGGACCGGCUGGCCGAGUGCCUGCAGGACAGCGAGGCGCUCCUGGACGUCGCCUGGGAGAGGCUCAACACGGGGCCCUGGCAGGACGUGCACAAGGACUGGCGGCGGGUCUACGCCUUCGGCUGCCUCCUGAAGGCCCUGUGCCUGUGCCGGGCGCCCCGCGAGGCCACCGUGGUCACUGAGGCUCUGCGGGUGUGCGACAUGGGCCUGCUGAUGGGGGCGGCCAUCCUGGGGGACGUCCUCCUUAGGGCUGCCACGGUCCUCCAGGCGCACCUCGGCUCUGGAAAGAGGCCCGCCCGCCCCGGCCCKGAGCCGCCCGGAGCCAAGCAGAGAGCCAGGCGCCACCGCGUCCCCACUCCAGAGCUGGAGCCCGAGAGGGCAGUGCCCCGGCURCGCCGCCCGUCCCUGCAGCACUUCCGRGAGCAGUUCUUGGUUCCCGAGAGGCCGGUGGUCCUGGAAGGCGUGGCUGACCACUGGCCGUGCAUGAAGAAGUGGAGUUUGGAAUACAUCCAGGAGGUGGCUGGCUGCCGGACGGUGCCCGUGGAAGUCGGCUCCCGGUACACAGACGAGGAAUGGUCCCAGAGGCUCAUGACCGUGGGGGACUUCAUCAGCAAGCACGUCGUGAGCGAGGCGAGUGACAUCGGGUACCUCGCGCAGCACCAGCUCUUUGACCAGAUCCCGGAGCUGAAACAGGACAUCGGCAUCCCUGAUUACUGCUGCCUGGGCGACGGGGAGGAGGAUGAGAUCACCAUCAACGCCUGGUUCGGUCCCCAAGGAACCGUGUCCCCACUGCACCAAGACCCGCAGCAGAACUUCCUGGUGCAGGUGAUGGGGAGGAAGUACAUCCGGCUCUACUCCCCACGGGACUCGGCGGCUUUGUACCCACACGAAACGCACCUUCUUCACAACACCAGCCAGGUGGACGUGGAGGAUCCCGACCUGGAGAGGUUCCCCCGGUUUGCCGAGGCGCCCUUCCUGGCCUGCACCCUGUCCCCUGGAGAGAUGCUCUUCAUCCCCGCCAAACACUGGCACUACGUGCGGGCCCUGGACCUGAGCUUCUCCGUCAGCUUCUGGUGGUCGUAGCCAGGAGCCACUCGGCGUCCGCUGACCGCUCGCUCGCUCCCGGGCCUGGGCCUGGUGUGGUUCCAGCCCMGGGCUCUGGACGAGCAGAGGGCGCCCAGCUGCGGGAACCUGGGAUGAGCGGCUGUGCCCCGGGCCCACUGUGGCAGCAGGAGGCGGGAGGAGCCCAGGAGGACAUUCUGGGCUGUCCACCCACACGGAGCUGCCCAUGUUGGAAAGCUGGACACGUCUGGGAAAGGGCAGGCAGUGUGUCCGGUGGAAAGCSUGGGGGUGAGCGUGGCUGUAGGGUCCCAGCUGGUCCCACUGCUGCACCUGCGUGGUGGCCAAGACACUUGGCCCCGGUGCCCAYCCCUCUAGAACACAGAGUGGCGCUGGCCUCCUCCAGAGGCCGCAGAGGCUCAUACCGUGUCCAGAGCUUCUGGYACUCAGCUGUGAUGUGGGCUUCAUCAUGGCCAGGCCUGGGGAGCACCACAGCCUGCAGGCUCUGGAGAGGUGGGCGAGGCCCUGGGUACAGGGGAGGGUCCUUGUCACCURCAUAGCAGCCUAAACCCAGUGGGAGACUUCUGUCCUCCUUACUGAAGCACAGACUGCUGCCAGUUCAGUGCUAGUGGAGGGUGUUCCUGAGCACACAGCCAGGACAGGUGCCCAGCGAAGGACAGGGCCACACCCAGGACAGGUGCCCAGGGAAGGACAGGGCCACACCCCUAGGAGAACCUGCUCUCCCUCGGGCCAGCAGGUCAGCAGAGCCGGGCCUCCCACCUGUGUGUGCCGAUGCCCGACUCCUUCCACCGCCAACUUCCUGCCUCCGACUGCAGACAGGAGAAGGGCAGAGGGUGGGCGUCUCGCAGCAGGGUCUGGAUCUGGACAGCAUCCGUCCACCAGGUGACMGUGAGGUGGAGGAUCCGCUCCAAACCAAUCGUAAGAAGAAACUUAAAAGCCAACGAACCUUUAUGUAAAACAUCUCAUUCCUUCAACUAAAAACCUCCAGGUGUUAUGCCAACWUGUUAAUCAUAUUCAGUUUUUGGUGGCAAUAUGUGGGGGGGAGUUAAAAAAAUACAGGGCUGGUUGUGACUGAGUGGUGGAGCACAUGCCUAGCCCGUGUGAGGCACUGGGUUCGAUUCUCGGCACCACAUACAAAUAA